GUUCGCAAAACAAUGGUUCACAAAAUGAAGAGCAAAAAGAUUUAAAAAAUAAUAACGUCCAAGAUUCGCAAAACAGUGAUUCACAAAAUGAAGAGCAAAAAGAUUUAAAAAACAAUAAUGUCCAAGAUUCACAAAACAAUGAUCUACAAAACGAAAAGCAAUAUAAUCUUAGGGAUCUAGAAAAAAAACAUCCUAAGCACUUUACAAUGAAAAGAGUUUUCUUCUUUGUCAUAUUCCUUUCUAUAGUAGAAUGUUUCUUCAAAUAUGAUAUAUAUUGCACUUCUAAAAGUGUUGAUACAAUUUUCUUCUUCAUUCUCUCCACCGUUUUAACUCGUUCAAUUUCAUUAUUCUUUUCUCAUGGUACUAAUAUCAGAGUUGAAAGCAUUAUGAAAUUUGGAUUUAGAAAACAAUGUAAAUGCAAUGAAUACAAAGAAUCCAAACAUGGAUGUAGAGGACAAGAUAAAUACAAAAAAUGCAAAAAAUCUAAUAAUGAAUGUAAAGAACAAGAUAAAUGCAAAAAAUGCAAUCAUGAAUUGAAAUAUGUUUUCUACGAAUUACUGAUAAAGAACAAGCAACCAGAUUAUUAG